UUAUUGUUAUUUUGUAUCAAUAUUCUUAUUAUCUAUGAUCUAUUUUCUAGAUUAUAUACCUCCUCAUCGAAAUCAAGUUUCCAACAAUUUGAAACGUUUAUAUGAUUUUCAUUUAACAGUUCUAAAAGAAUAAUUACAAGAUAUUGAUUAUAUUGGUUUAACAUUUGACUUUUGGACAAGCCGUCGUUCUGUUUCAUUCUUAUGUAUUACAGGUCAUUGGUUCGAUGACAAAUGUGCAUAUUUUUCUAAAGUCAUUUAUUUUUCUUCUUUCCACGAAGGAGACACAGGAUUUAAUAUUUCACGUUCAGUUAAAGAAAAAUUGGAAAGCUUAGGUAUUUACCAUAAAGUAGUUGCUAUAACAUGUGAUGGUGGUGAAAAUUUGGUGUCGGUCUGUAGUCAACUUGACGGCUCAAUUAAAAGAAUUUGGUGCUGUACGCAUCGUUUACACCUGGUAGUAAUUAAUAGUUUAGGUUUUUGGAAUACAGAGAACAAAAUUGAUAAUACUCCCAACAAUUGUUUAACAACAGAAAUUACAACAACAACUACUUCAUCUUCUAAUGUUAUUUCGAAUAACCGACAAGAAUUAAUGGAUACAAGUUUGUCUGAUGAAAAUGAAACAGAUAUAUAUUUUAUUUCAUUAGUACUUUCGUUUAAUAUUAAAUUUUACGACUUGCUAAUAGUUUCAUGAAAAUUUCUUUUUAGACUUUUUCUCUUUAAAAUAAUGGGCUCAUUAUAUGUUCGUUAUCUCCCUUGCUAUCUUCUUUUUUCUUUUCUUUAUUUGCUUCUUAAAAUUACUAAAAGAACAUGACAUUCAUGAAUGAAAAUUUCGAUUUUUUUUUAAUAGACAAAAGAAAAACAAAUCGAAUGUAAACAAAUAUUAAUUUCGAGGAAAAUACAAAGACACAGACCUUGUUUCAGAAUGUUGAUAGUCCGGAGUUAUCGUUGGGGAAAAAGUCAGAUGUUCUGGACUACCAUGAAAAUAUAUAUAUUAGAUGACUAGCACUUUAUUUUAAAAUAUUGUUGAUGAAAAUUUCAUUCUUGAAACGACUCUUGGACUAAAUUUAGGAGAAAUAAUGAUGUACGAAACUUUAGAUUGAACUUUCGUUGAAACCAGUUCUUACAUAAUAUUAGUCAUUUAAUAUAGAUUUUCUAUGGUAGUCCAGCAUGUCUGACUUUUUUUCUCUCAACGAUAACUCCGAACUAUCAACAUUCUGAAGCAAGUUCUGUGUUUUCGUAUUUUCUCCGAAACUAAUUAUUAUUUAGAUUCAAUUUAUUUUUCUUUUGUCUACUAGAAAAAUCGAAAUUUUCAUUCAUGAGUGUCAUGUUUUUCUAGUAGUUUUAACAAACAAAUAGAGAAGUGAAAAAGAAAGCAUAAUAUAAAGGGGCAUUAACUUUUCUUUCUUUUGAAAAUGUAUAAAUGAAAUUUUAAUUGAUGAAACGAUUGGUGAUGCUACUGGUGGACAUUCUGCAGGCUCAAUUAAUAAUUUUGAUACAGAUCAAACAUCUGAAGCUAUAAGUGCUACAAUUGUAAAUGUUGAAUCAAUAGAUGAUGAUGAACAAAAAUUAGAUUUAAUUGAUGACAAUUGGUCGAUUGACAUCGAUACUAAUGUUCCUACGACAAACGAAGUUGAAUUAAUAAUGGAUUUAUUGAAAAAACGUCGAAUUCUAGCUACUCUUUCAAAAAAGUCGUCGAUUGUUUCAAAUUUUAUUCGUACGAAUCAACUACUUAUUAAAGUUAAUAAGACAUUAAAUAAUGACUGCAAGUCCAGAUGGAAUUCAACAUAUAUUUUACUCGAUGCUUUUAUUGAUCUUAAACCAGUAAUGAUGAAGCUGUUUAAUGAAAAACGAACAUUAAGUUUAAGUCAAGUUCAACUUGAUAAAUUGGCCAUGAUUGAAUUAAAUAAUCAAGACUGGGAUUUUUAUCCUCAUUACAUCAUGUACUAA